AUGUCGAGCGUCGGACGCGAUGGCGACGGCCCUUCGUUAGUCCCUCACCAACCAAUGUCGGAAGAUGGGCCCCAUGAAGUACCGCCAGUGGUCAACAUUCUGAUGCAAGGACGUUCAGACGUGGAGGUAAUUCGAUGGUUUCAGGUGGCUAUAUGCGCAUAUGCUCAACGUGCGACACUACUUUCUAUCACUCUAUUCCGUUCCUCUAUGUCUGUUGUACCUGUUCAGAACCCAGAGGUAUCCAUGGAACUGCGGCUCGAGAGAAUGCGGUUGCAGGAGGCGCUGUGCGCGCGUGAUACGGUCGCACAGCGUCUGGCCGAGGCAUGCACCUUUGUUCGUCAGAAGAACAACACCAUCGAGCAGCUGCUGGCCGAGAGGGGGGAGCUAUUGAAGCGAUUCUCCGUCCGGGCUCCUGGAGAGCUCGACGUGGUUGCAGGCGAAACGACAAUGGGUACGGUUAUCGGUACUGUGCAGGAGGAUACUCGACGUACAUCAGAAGAGUCGGCUGCAUCGGAUGGUGAAUUACAGCAUAUGUCUGGAGCAACUUCGCAUGGGCUAUUGGCCUCUGCGGUAGAGUCAGAUCCUUCGUCAGUCGCUCUUCUCCGAGAUAUGGCGAACAAGAUGGAGAUACCCAUGUCUCCGAAUAUGAGUGGUCCAGGAUGGGUAGAGUCUCAGAAUUUCUCGCAAUUCAUGAACGACCACUUGGCAAAAUUGACACUGCAAGAUUCUGAAACUUCUGACUUCAAAGUUGCUUCUAGUGCUACAGAUCUCGCACAACAGGUCGCUUCCAGGAACGCUAUCUUAUCUGCUCUUCCCCUUCCUCCCGACAUACCCGCCGACGCUCUCAGACCCAUUGUGAUACCUGCUCCUUACACACUGCACGAAUUUCUAGGAACUACGCCCGCUUCGCUCCGUUCGCAACUGGGAAACUACCGUGUGUUUCAGCAAUCGACGACUUCGUGGUGUCCCGAACGCGAGGAGCACGGCUAUUUUCUCUCUCCCGUCUUCAAAUGCAGCACGAACCCGCGCGUGAGCGCCGCACAUCGUUGGACAGUCGUCGACUUAUCCACGAAGCUGAACAAACCGACUGAAUGCUUCUACAACAGAGACGGAAAGUGGUACUAUGCUGGCACCUACAAGGCGUUCCGGCUGGAUGACUUGUCCACGCAGGAGUGGGAGACUCUGUUGGCCGAGACGACGCAGGCGCUGAUCAAGGAAACACUGGCCGGGCGCAAGAACACCACCCCACAGAACGUGUACGAGUCGGGGCAGCUGUACGCUGUGGGUGCGCUGAAGGUGGCGUGCAUCGGGCUGCAGUGCAUUGGCUUCAACAACACGCUCUACCGCACGAUCCUCGAGCACGCGGCUAAGUGCGCGCAGACAGGAAAGUGGAGAAACAGUAGCACUGUGGCGAGCCCACCCGCACUGUGGACUGCAGCCACCAGCACUCUAUUGCCCAGCGCUGCGAGUAUGGCUGCAGGGGUGGCACCUCCGAGCACGGGGGGGAAUGUCCUCGUGGGCACGUACUGCAGCGAGGGCGGCUCCACCAUCGAGGACAUUAUCGGAGAGACGGCUAGCAAGGUAUGA